CGACACUAGAUUCUCCGGCCAAAGCAGUCUCCAACGCUUCUAAGAAAAAGAAAAAGAGCAAGAAGAAAACCAAUGGCUCGGCGCAUGUAGAAACCGUCACAGCACAUGUCAAUGGCUCCAAGGAGAGUGCAGUAGAGGGCGAGGACGACGACGAAGACAGAUCUCGAUCACAGUCGCCGAGUAAAGCAGCCAUACCAAAUCGACUCGCCAGAGAAGACUCCUUACACAUGCCAUCUUCACCGCCAGCCGAACCGGAGGACGAGGAGGAAAGGCCGGUGCGGAACGGCGCACAGCUGCCGAAGCACAAGGUCGACGCUCCAGAAGACGAUGAUGAUGGAGACGACGAUGAUGAUGCAAAGGCGGCGAAUGGAGACAACGAAGCGGGGUCAGAUACUGCGGCACGACUAGAUGCCAUGCAGCAGGAACGCGACAGCUUGCGAGCGGAAGUCACGCAGCUCAGAAGAGCGCUCGAGAGCUUGCAAGAGAAACAUAGCGAAGAGAAGCCUGAUGAGGACGUCUCCAGUCUGAGACAGGAACUGGAGCAGGCACAGCAGGGCAAGGAGACGGCCGAGGCCAAUUAUCGCACCCUGCAGAACCGAGUCAACACCAUCCGCUCGCAGUUGGGCGAGAGACUGAAGGCGGAUGCGGCCGAGUUAGAGCACAGGCAGGAAAAGAUCGAAGAGCUUGAAGCCUCAGCCAAGGCAGCCGAAGAGGAGAACCAGCGCCUGCAAGAACAGCUUGCCGCGCUCAACGCAGAGAAAGAAUCACAGGCGUCAGAGAUUGAAACUUUGCGAAGCCGAACAACUGCGUCAACCACGAAUUGGGCCCGAGAAAGAGAUGAGUAUGUCACCGAACAAGCCAGAUUGCGCGAGGAAUACGAAAACGCCAAGCAGGCCAUGCAGGAUUGGGAGAUUUUAGCUACAGAAGAGCGGUCGCGGCGGGAGGCUCUGGAGGAACGAUCACAGGAGCUAGAAGACCAACUCACCUCACAGCGAGAAGCUUACGAGCGAAUACGGGGCGAGGUGGAAAUGCAAAGCAGUACGGUUGAUGGGCUUCAGCGCGCGUUGCGAGAAGUUCAGGAGGAGCGCAAGAAAGAGCUCCGAGAAAUGGUCGAAUCGAAUCAGGCACAACUAGAUGCGCUCAAAGCCCAGACCAAGGCUGCAGAGGAAAAGGCCAACGACUUGGAGAAGCAGUUAGAAGAGACGAAGAAAGAGUUGGAGAGGACAGCUCCAUUUGAAAAGGAGGUCAAGGAGAAGAAUCUGUUGAUUGGCAAGUUGCGACACGAAGCUGUUAUUCUGAAUGACCACCUUACCAAAGCUCUCCGCUUCCUCAAGCGCGGCAAGCCAGAAGACAACGUCGACCGACAAUUGGUGACCAACCAUUUCCUACACUUCCUCCAUCUUGACAGGAGUGAUCCGAAAAAGUUCCAGAUCCUGCAGCUGAUAGCAGCCUUGCUCGGUUGGGAUGAACAGCAAAGAGAACAAGCCGGUCUGCUUCGCCAAGGUAGCAUGACCGCAGCAGGUGGCAGCCUUCGCGUACCCAUGUCCCCGUUCCGAAGGACGCCAAGCACACCCACACUAGGAGAAUUCACACCCGAAAGUCCCAUGGGCGGUCGAGAACGAGAAUCCUUGGCAGAACUCUGGUCUGAAUUUUUGGAACGCGAAGCCGAGCAGGGUGGAUCGGGGCAUAGCAGGCGACCCAGUCUGGUGAGUAGCAAGAGCGGCAUGAGCAAUAUCCGAUCCCCCAGCAUUGGUGGCAUCAUGAGUCCGACAAGCGAAAGCGGACGUGGACCCUUUGGAAAGCCUCCGCAGAGUCCCGAAUUGAAGAGGAAAGAGAGCUCGGCGCAGGCCAGUGCUGCAGCCAGCGCUGCGAUGAAACCGAGCAGUAGUGGCGACUCGACCAAAUAGCGUUCUGUCGAUAGUCUGCGGGGCCUGUAUAUGAAGAGCAUUCCUGAGGUGGUCAACACGUGCACAUGAGGUAUAUCACGCGAUAAGACAUUUACAGCUCGCGACUCCU